GGAAUGCCUCAUUCAGAGUGCCAAAUUUUGUUAUCACAGCCAAAAUGUUCUCCCCCCUGACGUGUCGGUCGUGUUUACUGACAAAGCCGCCCCUUUAACCGCGGGACUCAAACUCACCUUUCCCUACUCCCCCGAGACAUUCUGCACUGCCCUGAAACUGUUCCAGUCACCUCGUUUCAAAUGAGGAGCUGCGGCGAACGAACGGCGUCACAUGUUUUAACACGUCCGUGCUCGAUGACUCCACGCAGUGAAGCCUGGUGAGAGCUUCCCGAAAUUAUCUUCCUCCACCUCCAGCUCGUCUGUGGCGGUUGUGAGAGUAGCAACCCGGAGCGUGUCAAGUCUUCUUUUUUUUUUCUUUUUUUUUUUCCAAGGAUCUGAACUGGAUCGAUUUCCUCAGUCGGCAACAGACGAGCAAGAGAAAAAGAGAAGAAGAAAAAAAAACCAGGCGCGGUGUAUCGACUUUCUCUGGAUAUAAAACGCGACGGAAUAAGGACCAAGGAAAGGGAGAAGAAGGGGAGUGCGUUAUUCCUUAUUUUGUGCUCCAUUCUCAAUUACAUUCAUGUGUUACAAUGCAACAGUAGGCUAUUGCCUAGGCAGGUCUCAGUCGGGAAUGUGCGCACGGGUAAACGCUUCUAAAAAUUAAUUUGAAACAGCACCUGGAAUUCUUUCUGUGACGCAAAUGACAAUAUUCCUGACAGGUUUUUAUUUCUUAUUAAUCCAAACCCUCCCCAAAAAAACGUUGAAAAAUAUCCGAUGGGAUGUAUUUAUAAUUGGAAAGACUGACAAAUGAAACGUGCAAUUUUCAUCAACUCGCUCCACUGGAAGGUUUAAGUGACCCAACUCUGAAACGGUGUUUUAACUUUACCAGUUCGAGCUUUUAUUCAAAAACAGAAAAAUCUUUGGAUACACGUUUGUCCUAUAAAAGUUUUAUUGUUUUUUUUUUUUUUCACCGUGAACCCUGUUGAAGCAAUUCUUGUCAUUAAAAGCAAGUCAAUGUGGGACGUCUUGACGGAGAGCGCAAUCUCAACAAAGGGAAUAAAUGGAACUCUCUCCCGCUCGGGCUAUAAUUGGACUUACAUGUUUUAAGGGUUUAUUGCAGGUUAAAGCGCACCCAGUUGACAGGUGCGCACUUCCUUGACGGAGAGGGCGGCGAGGCGAGUGAGGAUUUGAGGAAUGCAGACACAGGAAUUCACCUAGCCUGCACAGCCUUACCUGCGGUGCUGUCUACACCGCUCUGCAACCGAAUAUUGAAGAAAACAGGAAGAGGAAUGUUGAGGCAGAUAAUACUGAACUCCACCGCUGCCUCUGGGCUUGAACUGAUGACCCAGACUCACACACCAUCCCUAAAUAUCUCUCACGGGCCCGUGAGCGCGGCAGCGCUGCUCAGACCAACAGGCAGGGGACUGCGAGAAGGAGAGCUUAGCAAACCGGACCUGGUCACCUAUAUAGUUAUUUUCCUCUUGUUGUUCUUGUUGGUGCUAAUAAUCGUGUUUUACAUCAACUGCCAGCUUAAGAACUCCUUCUUCGCGUCAAUGCCCUAUGAUAGGUCAUUGCGAGAGGCGAGAAGCUCCUACAAGUGAAUUUAAACGGGAGCUCGGACCAUGGCGUCUGAACAAACGCCCAUGAAUGGUCGAGUUUCUGAAUCUGUGGAAUGUGUUUAUUUUGUAUAAGGUACAGUACAACAUAUGCAGUAUUUUCUGAGAUGAACUUAAUGUUAUUGUGAUUGUACAUAAAGAGCUAUUAUAGCGUA